CUAGUGUUUUAGCUUGUAUUCAAUAACACUCUAAAGCCGGGUUCUAUACUCAGACUGCGAAAUAUACGCGAGUCAGUUGGAAUCCAAGUGUUCUCACAUCAAGACCUGAUAUUACUGUCUCCGCUGAAACCCGGAUAUUUAAUCAUAUCCUUCGUUCCAUAUUGAAUAAUUGAAUUGUGAUUGAAAAUGCCGACUUACAAGCUCUGGUAUUUCAACCUUACCGGUUUGGGUGAGCCUAUCCGUUUGAUGUUAAGCUACAACAACAUUCCAUUUGAGGACAAACGGAUAGAAUUUGAUGAGUGGCCCAAGUACAAAGAUCAAAUGCCCUUGGGUCAGAUGCCAGUCCUUGAGAUCGAUGGGAAAAAGUAUAAUCAAUCAAAAGCGGUAAUGCGUUGCUUGGCGAAGAAAUUUGGCCUCUAUGGUUCAUCUGAUGAAGAAGCAUGGGAAAUUGACGCCACUGCAGAUGCUAUCGAUGAUCUGAGAAUCCCUCUGUCGACUUACCAUUGGGAAGAAAAUCCAGACUUCAAGGCAAAACUCAAGGAACCUGCUUUCAAAAAAAAGGAAAUGCUGAUGGCUAAGUUUGAAGAGCAGGUGAAGAAGAACGGAGGAUUCUUUGUCAAUAAGAAGAUGUCGUGGGCGGAUUUACUUUAUGCAGGCUACACCGACUAUCUUUCUAAUGUUCUCGGUCACGAUUUAAAUAAGGAUCACCCGGAACUUAAGAAACUCGUGGAUAAAAUCCGAGCUCAUCCCGGCGUCAAGGCUUAUUUGGAUAAACGCCCGAAAACUUCGCUGUAAAAUACUAAAUCGUACCAAACGGUGUUCAAUAUUUUGCACAUUAAACUUUAUUGUCUUCUAUAAUCGAUUUAUGUUUUUCAAAUAAUAAUUACUACUUUGCAUACUA